CGACCGACAGAGGGGGUUUACCCACGCACACGCACGCUCGUGCACGCUGACAGGAGUUUCAGUUUGCAGUGAUGACGCAGGGUGAGCUCAGUGAGCCAGCUCAGUGUUUAUGUCUCUUUUUUUCACACUCACACACACACAUACAAAGGAGCCAGAGAGAAAGGGGGACCUCGCGUAUACCGGCUUUGUGGUUGUCUGUCGCUCUCUCAGACGUUGGUUAAUCACACCUUAUAUCUCUGUCUUCUACAGCUGAUGAUGCUCUUCUCUGGACACUGAUUUCGAGACACUUUUCUUCACCAAACCGGUAAGUCUGACUACUUUUUUUUUUUCAAAACUAGUAAGCCGGUAGUUGAGUCUCGUCAGUCCACCGGCUCGUGUGUGGGGGUUUUCUCGCCGCAAAGCCUGUCCGACCGUCGUGACCACUUUUACGCACGGCGGUGAAAUGAAAUCAGUCUUUGUCAGUGUGUACAGGGAAUCAUAUGGCCCGUAUAGGAGCCUAUAUGUUUCGGGGGGAAUUGGGUCCCCUGUGUGGUUUAGAAGAAUAAACGGACUUAUUUCAUUGUUUGCUUCAGUUAUCCUUUUGUUUGGGCUUUUGCUGGGAUGUUUAUAAUGUUUACGAUGGCAUUUAAGAAUGGUUUGUGGUAAUUUCUGGUUGUACCCAGGGCAUCUUCUCUGGAUAUUUGAUAUUAGGUGAGUUAAAUACACUCAUACAAACUCUGGAAACUACAGCGGUUUGCCGUAUAAAGAGUGAGAGCGUGCCUGACGCAUUGUCAUGGGUAUACGUGAUGACCUCACUGGUAGUAUGAUCCUCCUCCUGUCUUUUUAAUGAAGUGCUGGCUUUGCUUUUAUGUAGUGAUGGGCAUAGCAGUUCUUUUAGAUGUACUGAAUCACCAGAAUCAGUUCACUAAAAAGAUUCGUUCACCAAAUGACCGAGGCUGUGUCCAAAAUGGAUCCCUAACUCCUAUAUAGAUGACUAUAUGGGGGUUAGCGGCAUUUUGAGGGGUGUCCGAAACCUGAGUGAUCAAUUCCAGUGCCCCAUAUAGACGACUCAAAAUUUCCCAUAAAGCACUGCAAAAUGAAGUGACCAUUCGAUGGUCACUCAGCGGUGGUGGGCAUCCCGUCAUGCAUUGUGUCUUGCCAUGUAGUGUGUGAAACCUCCGGUGAUUGAGUUAACUACAUAGUCAACUAUAUAGUAAAACUUCAUAUAGGUGUUAGGGGUUAGAGAUUGAGUGAUUCAUUUUGGACACAGCCCGAAUCACUUAACGCAUGGUGGGAGAGGCCUGCGACCCCGACCUCCUGAACCGAUGGACAGCUGAACGGUUCAGGGUUCAGUUCAAUUCAUAGUUUCUGGGACUUGGAGACAAGAGUGUUUGUCUGUGUUGGUUUGACAAAAGUCAUAAUGUUCUAAAUGUACUGUCCUGUUGUAUGCUAUUUAUCCGGUCUGCUCAGGAAAUUGGGCUCAGUGAGUGAUUCGUUCACUGUAUGUUUCGAAGAAUUCACAGUGAACAUGCACUGGUCCCUCGCAAACUGCUGCAAUGAUAGGAUGCUGCGGGUUUAAUGCACUGUUUGAGACAUGCUGUGUCCUAUUGUAAAUAAGUUGUUGUUAUGGCAAUUUAGCAGUGAAAAAAAAAGUUAGUUUUUUCUGACAAAAAUGAUUUCAGAGUGUAGUUCAAUGUGUGAUUCGUUUACCAAGUAAUUCAGUUGUCGGUGCAUGCGGUCCCUUGUUCAUUGACUGCUCACCUGACAGUGCUGCACUGCUGACAGCUCAACCGAAGUGAGAAAUGAACGACUCACUUGAGGAAGUGAUUCGGUUCAGUACAUUCACUUAAAAGAUUCGGUUCUUUUGAUUGAAUCGUUCGUGAAUGACCCAACACUACAUACUUCCCAUUUUAUACACAUAAAAGUAAACUGAUCUGUUCAGUUUAAGCACAAUUACAGUUUGGAUAACUAAAAUCAUAUUGAAAGUAUCUGAAAUGAUAAAUAAUGUGUUUCUAUGCAGUAUUAAAAAUAUACUUCUGAAGUACCUACUGAUUAGAUUUUGUGUCUCACCAACGUCACACAUCACACCACUCUGGUCCACUGUGGUUUUGGCAGGAUGUACUGCUGUGUAAGGAGUCCUGUGCACGGUGCAGCCAGGGCAGACACCCUACAAACACACACUUACACAAGAGCUAAGAUGAGACUGUCAUUUUUGGCUGUUGGCUUCUAUUGUCUGAGUCCAAAUUCCUGAAUGUUUUUCUCGAAAAGAGGCUUUCUCUCAUACACAAUCAUACGCACAUACCUGCGCACACAAUUCCACCAGAAGAAGGCCUUAUCACUGUUUCACUCACUCAUCCUUAAAAUAAUCACAGCGCAGGCAUGUAGAGUAAGGAUUUUACAGGAUUUACUACAUUUAUUUAUCAGUCAUAUGAAGACUUUGAUGUACCAGUUAAAAUUUAAUAAAAUAUUUGAUACCCCACUUUCCAGUUUCCAGUUAUCUGUUAGGAAAUUUCACACCUUCUUGUUUGAACAGAAGCAUGAGUGUGUGUCUGGAAAUGUGUGUGAUUGGUGAGGGUGGGGUGAUGUUAGAAUCUCUCUAUCCUAGAGGCGUCUCUACUUCUGGGAUGUUGUACCAAAAUAAAUCACAAGAGUGAGCUGAAGCGGAGCAGAAGAGUGUGACUAUGAUCCUAAAGUCUUUCAUAUGUCAAUGUCACACGCUCACUGCAAGGGAACACUUGUAUGUAAAUGACUUUCAUGAUCAAAAAUGUGACGUUUGUUUCUGAAGACUUUACUUAUUAGUUGUUGUCAGGCCAGAGCAGUGCACCUCUGUGACUUACGUGAUACCAAGAAAAUGUUACAGUGAGAAAAAACAUUUUGAUUGAUUAAUUUGGGAUUAAUAAUAGUUAAUUACGGUCUUCUAAAAUUAGAUAAAUUAUACAUUACAUCAUAAAGAUAACCAUGCACUCUAGAGAUUUUGUGUGUGUGUGUUUGUGUAACACUUGCUCGACUAGGUUUUUGACAAGCAGGUCCUGGCCUGUUACCAAAUGCAUUUAAAAACCUCCCUGUGUGUUAUAUAACAUGUCUCGCCUUUUAAAAAAACGGAAAUUAUAGUAUUUGUGUGUUAAAAAGUGACAAAAAAACACUCAUAGGUGAGUUUAGUUUUGAUUUAACCUGCAGAACGUCACAUUUUGUCAUAUUUGGUGCUCAUGUUAACAGCUGACGCACACACAGACAAAGUGCCUUAAUUAGGGGUUGUGUCUGGAGCUGCGGAUUUACCCUGCGCCAAAUUUAACCCCCAUUAUCAAGUCUUCUCCACCCAACAUUUACUGUAGGGUGCCUGCUUCCAUGUGCAGAGAAGAAGGAGAGAGGGAAAGAUUUUAAAAGGGAUACAAACAGGCGACGAAGAGAGAGCAUUAGACCCGAUGACAGGGGAUCCAGGUGUGUAUGUCGCAGCUCUGAGUUGAUAAUAAACUUAAAUGUAGGGAUUAUCCGUGUAACUUACCAUCAGAUAAAACUCUUUUUGAACAUAUGUGCAAGUCAACGACAAUGCCAAGCUUUAAUUAGGCCAGCAAUCCUAUCAUCUGUCCAUCCAUCCGCUCAACCAGAGUGGCUGGGAAAAACUCCAGACGGUCGUCCAUCCCCGUGCCGGCCAGCCUUCCUGCUCAGUGCCUGUGCCAAAGAAAUUCCCACUGCAGCAACCGCAGAUCCUGGUCCAAGCUGGUUCAUAGUUCCCUACACCGGUGGAACAUCAGAUAAUUACAGGGGAACCUGGCUGGACAAAAAAUGUGGAAUAUUUUAGUACAGACAUGCUCUUCUAAUAACACUUAACAUCUAAAAUUGUACACAUAACACACCGAAACUUUUAGUGUCUCUUUUAAACCAUUUUGUCUAACAGGAAACUGAGCAAACUGCAAGUCAUACUACGGGGAGUUUCCAUCAGUUCAUCCUGUUGUGAGAAAGGACGCAGAAGACAGUCAUAUCCUGGAUGUUUAAACUCUUUUGUAGUUAAAGUUCACGAAGGUCAAGCAGGUUUCGGUGUCAUAUUUUACUCCUCUCCAUUGUUUUCUAGUAAAGUGUGCUGAUCUUUGAGCCAAAAUACUGAUGAGAGCCCAAUCCCACUACACACUCGCCCUUCACUACCAGGUGUCAGUCGUGAUGAAGUUACACUUGCAGCUGUGGGUAUAAACAAGACAGGCAGGUAUGGGACGCUCUCCUCACUCCAUCAGAAAACAAAAAGAUUAAUCCCCAUAGCAACACAAAGACGCGUCCUGAGCAAGGCAGCGUUUAAUUUCUUAGUUAACGGACAUCACGGCUGCCUUGUUUCUUCAUCCUCCCAGUAAAAUCGUAAAUCCAGCAACCAUCACAGUGACAGGACCUAAAUUAUACUUCUGAUUGUAAAUGAUUCCACACGUCUUUGAACCUCUUUACUAUUUGUGCCUGCACAAUCAAAUCAAACCUCAGCACAGAGGAAGACUUCGUUUGAUCUUUCCGAGUCACGUCUUUGUGAUGUUUUUUUUUGUCAGUAAGACAAAGGUGGACACAUACAGGACUUAUAUUUGUAUGUUGUUUCAUCCUCCUCCAUUUUUGCCGUCGCACUACCUGCAAAUCCCAUCAUGAGUGUGCAUCGAUGCAGACUCGCUAUUGAAGGGCUGAACGGUCCACUGGUCCUCCACGCUCUGUGGUUUGGGACGGCCUUCAAUAUGGCGGAGCCUUCGCGGGGACGUGCAAACGGAGGGAGAGUGUAUAGGGCGAGUGUGUAGGGGGCGGUUUGGGAUUGGGCCGAGGAGUCGCUAAGUAGCUCACUUUAUCAAGAAGUUCUGUACUGAGUAGUUCAAACUAAAACGGAGGUGUAUCUUUAAUAAGUGCCUUGUUUUAACAUGGUUUUGUGAAGACUAAGCAGGCAUCAUUGAUCUUGCUCUGCUCGGCCAAGUUCGUGACCUUCAACUCCUCUGCCUCCUCCAUCUGCCCUGUGUCUUCCCCUCUGUUGACUGUCUAAUGACAUAGUCUUAAAAAUAAGCUUUAAGAAAAGAGGAAAAGAAAGAAACCAGACUUUUGCUACUACCACAUGAGCGAGGAAAGCAUAUCUGUAGAGAAACCUGCAAUCUGCUAGCUGAACCUGCCAGUAACCGAUCGCUUGCUUUAAGUUGCCAGAUCGAAUCACACACCAACAUGUUCGGGUCAAUGUCUUUGUGAUUUCUGUUUGGAUAUGUAAAGUGUCUGGCUUUAUGUGUGUGUGUCAAUGUGUAUGUGUGUCAUGUUUUGGAGAGGAUCCACACAACCUCUCAUGUGAGGAGUGCUACAGACAUGCCCCGUUACAAAACAACCGCUGAGUAAUGACGAUGUAGCCAACAAAGCUGGAAAUUGAAGCUCUUGUCAGUCGCAGCACUUUUAUAGAGUUAUUUAAUACAGCUCAAACACAGCAUAUUUAGAUCCGUAAGUAUAUGUGGAUGUGAGUGUGCGUGUCUGUGGUCGGGUUUGCAUGUUGGCAGCAAGCUGUAGGGUUGCUAAAUCAUAGUUUCUUGCCUAUCUAGUUCUGCUCUCACAUAUGUAAGAAUUUUUACAGUAGGCCUAGACUCGGAGGUGCACAUAUGGGGUUGUUUAACAUUCCCAGAGCUCUGCAUGUUCCCAUUGCUCACUCACUCUGACCUCCACUUUCCCCAAAUGGUAAUGUCUGUCUUUGGACUCACUGACCCUGUUACAUGUUUAAGUAGCAGCAUGGAUGUUUUAAUUUGAACAAUACUUUAACAGUACUUAGUAAUAGGGCUGUCACAAUAUCAGAUUUAUGCAAUUUAUGGAAAACUUGAAAAUUGAGCAAAGGCAAGACAAGAGUGGAGCAACACAUUACCUCAUAAUCUUAACUUUUUAAGGUGACCAGACUCUGAGAGAUUAAAUUGAAGCUAAGAAGGGUUUGUGGCCAAAAAAUGUGUCAUACACUUCAUUACCAACAUUUGCAUGUUCUUCCAUGUUUCUCAAUGUUUGGCGGACAUGUACAUUCAGUUGUUUUUGUAUGCAUGGCCCCCGAUUGCUGGUCAUAUGCUGCCAAUAAGCUGUGAUCCUGGUUAAAUGCAGGGUCAACGUUCAAAAACAAACAUGGUUCCAAACAACACUGGUCACCGUGACAAUGCUGGGUAUCGUUGAUGUUUGAAUGGAGUUUUAUUAGAUUGCAGAUCUUCAGACUGAGGAUCAUUGAUCACUAACCUGUCGAAGAGAGCGCAUCGCAGAGAGACAAGAGGAAAGUUUUCGACACAAACCAUCACAAGAGCAGUUUAGCAGAUUAUACCAACCAAGAGAGAGCAGCGACAAUGUUUGCAAACCAGAAAGCCAUGGAAAAGCUGAGGAGGGAAAGAGAGGAAAGAGAGAAAGAGGAUGAAAGAGUAAGAAGAGAGAUGAAGGAGAGAAGGUUGCAGGAGGCGAAACUAAAAGAUGAGGAUCAGAGAAAGGCUAAUGAGCUGAUGGCCGUAAGAACUAAGAGUAUGAAGAAAGUCCUGAUCGAUAACUGGGUAGGAGACCUCAAAGCCCCAAGUAAGCCUGGAUACAAGAUGCCUGAUCCAAACAGCUCCACCUACCUACUCUUUGUGGCAAAGGAGGCCCCAAAAUCCAAAGGUUUUUAUCAUUUUAAAUCCUCACCCAAACCCAAAAAGGAGUCCAAGCAGUGGGUGCCUAACAUCUUAAAGGUUGGGUACUGGAUGGACAGAUACCAGGACCAUCAUGAGAGGAAGGACGAGAAGAGGAAGAAGAAAGCUGAGGAGCAGUAUGCUCAAUGGGCCACCUCAAAGACGAGACGAGCCGGCUUGGUUUCACGGCAGAAUGACUUUUACACUGGAGGGUUUGCUGUCAACAGAAACAGCAUCCUCAAAUCUGUACUUUAAUGUAUCACGCUUUUAUUUAGAUAAUUUAUCUAUCUGGGGUUUUUGUUGCUUUAUUUCCUGUAUGCUAAGUUACUCAAUUGAAUGAAAGCAGUUGAAAUAACAGUAAGCUAGAACUUCAGAGUCAUGAACAAGUAAUACCUUUCCCAUAUCUGUUCAGCCAGGAGACUAUUUGCUUGACUUAGCUUAGUUUCGUAUGACACAGCUAAAAGAGGAGUAACAACAAGACUCGCCAAGUCAGAAAGUCUAGAAGCCUCUGGCACCUCUUCAGCCAAUGGAUUAUACAAUUUGCUGUCUUUCUUUUGUCCAUUCAAAAACGUGUUAAUUUGACAAUUUGAAACUUCUCUAGAGGUCAUACACUUGAUGUACAACAUGACCAUUAAAAAGUUUCACCAGAUUAGGGUUAUCCUCAAACAUGAUAGUUAACUUUAGAUGGGCUGCUGAGUGAACUUAGUACCUUUUGCUCAUUUGUUUGACUUCUUGUUUCUUCCUUUGUUCAUUUUAGCCCUAAACAAAGCGAGGUAAUUGUAAGAUAUUUUGUUUUAACUGUCAAAAAAUAGAUUGAACUAUUUUUGAAUGCCCAGAAUCUGUAAGAAUUAGGGGUGUUGUCUCUGCCUGGACACGACUUCCUAAAGCAAUAAAGUGGAGAUGAUUAUUCACUGACUAAAACGGUGAUUAAGUCAAUCCCCUGUAUUCGUUUGACAAAUAGAGGUUACAUGUUAAAAGUGUUGUUUUCACACUUCAUACACCCGUUUGUGUGAAUGAAAACAUGAAUUGCAUGAUUAUAGUGUGCGUGUUCACUGACUUUAUAUAGAGGCAGAAUAUGUGUGUGUUGGUUGUGUAUUAUAAUUUAACGUGUUGCUGGAACAUGAGGAGUUCAUUUACCCCCACAGUUAAUGAUGCCGGUGAUGUAAGGGAAAAUACCACACUCUCAAAAACACCUACUCCCACAGUGUUUCACAACUCAGAUUGCCUGUUGAGCAAAACCCUGAAAUAGCAAGAUGGACAGAGUUUGGUUUGUGGUUGAUUUUAGUUAGUGAUAGCAAGGUCAUUAUGUGAUUAAAACGCUUUCUUUAAACAAUAAGUAAUGAGGCAGACUAAAAUCCUCAACUAGUGAUUAAACAAAUUGGUAAUAUAUACUUUAAAAGUCAAGGUACACCUUUAUCAAGCUAUGUAUUGCAUCUGUUUAUUAUGAACAAAGGGAUCAUCUGUUUUGUCUGGGCUUCCUCAAACCUGCAUUUGUAUUACUCUGGCAUUAAAGAAGUAUUCUAACUCACAGUAUUAAGUCUGUUCUUCCUGUCAUUAUCUAUCAAGGUGAAGUCAAUCUCUCUGCUUCCAAUUCAGCAAUAUCUGACUGCCAAUGCGCAGCAGAGACACCAGAGAGGUCGUUUAGGUUUCUUCAGGUGUACAUUUCCCUUGGAAAACAUGGUGCCUGGCAUCUCGCUAACUCGAGGACAAAUAGAAGAAACAAUGGACACAGAGAAACAUUGGGAGGACUGCUUCCUCAGACAUUUUGAGGAGGUGACACUUGCCCACUUAUCAAACUCACUUCUUAUAAUGAGACAUUACCUGAGCACCAACGUAGAAAAUGUUAGUGCAAAUCAGCCUUUCAUUUAGCAAUAAUGGGCACCUCCGUUUAGUCAAACAGAGGGUAUGGUUGCCUCCAUCACGUCGUUGUCUUACACAUGCACAUUAUCUCUUGGUCCAUGAAAUGUCUAAAGCACAAUGGAGUAUAAUUACCUUAAACCUCUUUUGCUGUCCUAGUCCUUUUCUAUUGUAUUUUACUCCAUGUGCCGUAAGAUAAUUGCAUGUGCAACGCUGCCAGGUCUUCCCCAAGGCUGAACGUGCAAUGUGACAUAGUGGUGCUUAAUAGGCACUCAUCGUUGGUAUUAGAACUUGGUGGUUAACUUCUUUUGUAAGACCUGUCUACCCUACCAUGAAGAGGGAAAUCCACGUCUUUUCAAAUGCUUAUGAAGUGUUUCAUCAGCCCUUUGUGACCCAGCAAAGAUUCAGCCUUAUUUCAAUAAGUUUUUUCAAGGAGAAACAGUUUGAGCCUAUGAACCGUGAAAAAUCAUGUAUCCCCUAUAAAAUCUCUGAAUGUCAAGGUUAGCACUUGUCAAAAAUUAAGAAAAGGCAUUUUAAUUUACGAGACAAUUUAUUUCUGAGUUGAUAUGUUGUCUUAAAAGGUUUUAUGUUUUACAGACAAGGUAUUCAUUUCCAGCACGGGGAUGAUAAUAACCCAGUGCACUUCCCUAUCCAACACUGAUUACCCGUUUCUACUCCUAUAAAACAUAACUUUGGACUACCAGCCUAUCAAAGUCUGGUCAAAUUUUCUUGCACACUAUGACCAGAUUGUAUAUGUCCUAAAACAACAACAACAACAACAACGAAGUAAGAAACCAAGAGGCAUGUCAAUCUAGUCAAUAUAAAAAUAAAAGAGUACAUUAUGACAGUGAUGAGAUUAGUAGAUUUUCAUAUACUGUAUUAUUCAGUGUAUUAAGCACAUGUUUGAUUCCUUUUCUGCAUCAUAAAAGCAUGCUGCAUCCUAUACAGUGGUUUGACCAAUACACUGGUAAAAAUGUGGGAAGAGGUAUUUGAUUGUGUUACCCUGUUUACCCAGAAGAUGGCACCCUAAGGAACAAGUAACGGUGCAAGAAAGUGCUACACGGCUGCACAGAAUCUGCAAAAUGUGGACUUGCUGAACACAAUGAUAAACAUCAUGUAGGUUUGGAUGCUUUUCCAUCAGAAAGACCUCUAAAAUCAGACCUCAUUAUGUACCAAUGCUAUCUUAUGGGACCUGGUCUUGCAAAACUAUGAAGAAAAGCCUGGACUUAGGUUACACUAUUGUUUUCUUAGGCCAGAGAUAAUUAACAGCAUCAAUUUUGGCCAGCCAAGGGAUUGGGAGGAAAACCUGAGCAGUUCACCUGUAGAGGGUGAAACAAAACCAAAGUCACCAACAAAAACAGUCCUGUCUGAUUUGUUUCUGAAAUGUUUUGGAAGUUUUAAAUUGGUGACAGACAGGGAUUUGGAUGUGGUGUGUAAGACUCGGUGGAUCGCAGUGAAACAUAAAACUUGAUAGUAAUGUUAUGUUUAAUGAUUUGAACCAGAGAAAGCAGUAAACUGUGGGCACUGAUGGGAAUUAAACCAACACUUGGGAAACGCCUUGAUUGAAUAGGGCAAGGAUCACUUGGGAUUUCUAAAAAUGGUGUUUGGUUUAAGUUAGGCAGAUUAAGUUUGUCAGAGUAUUCACUUCACAGCAGGUCUUUUACAGGCGCAUUUCUAAAGCUGUCCGUAUACCACAAAGCUUGCAUUGUGGUCUAUUGUUAGGUUUGCAGUACUGUUGCUGCUUAACAUAGACUUUUAUCGACCCCUGCAUCCAUGUACAGUAUAUAGUAGGGCUUAUGUAUAGCCUCAGAUUCCAGGUUAUCCUUAGGCAAAGGUUUUAUUGUCCCUGUCAGAUCUCUGUGGGGUUGAGCCCAGUGUCUGCUUACAGAGACUUUUCAGCCUCUAGAUACAAAACAUGAACAUUUUCUCUGUUAUCUGGCGUUGGGUUUCCCAGUGAACUAGAUAUCCUAAUCUUUGUGUGUGCAAUGGAUGAUAUACUGGGGUGGUUUAUUAAUAUAAAGUGCAAUGCUAUUUUUAACAGGACAAGACCAUUUUUUCUUUCUAAUCAGGGCUUGUAUUUACAGCAGUGUGAGAUUCCUGACUCAAAAAUGGCACAUUUGUAAGAAUGACAGUGUAUUUUUGAGCCUAAAAUACCUUGUGGCUCUAAAAAUGAAGCACGGUGUCAUGUCAAACCAGAAUUUUACGUGCUUGACAAACACAGCUCAUUGUUUGAAAUCCAAUAACACGGCAGCAUGACCAGCAUCUUCUGCUGCCCACUCACCUCAAACUCAAAGGCCAGUUGUGCCACUCAUUCUCGUGUUUCCUCUUUUGUGGUUCCUUCCUUCCUUCACAGCUUCAUCCAGUGGGAUUUCUCAGCUCAGCUGCUGCAUGACAUCAAGGAGCCAAAAACAGCUUCUCAAACAAAUUAACUGCGAUUUCGGUCUUAGCCCCAAACCACAACCAAAUAGAAUAAUGUCUCUGUUUUUGUCAUGACUUGCCAUUACUUCUUUAUUAUCACUAUUUUUAGGACCUCUGACCAAAACAGAAGAUUUGACUGGUCAUCUAACGCUGUUAUGACUUGUUAUUUGAAUGUGUCAAAUAACAGCUCCAACAUUUCAAAUAAUUACUGUUUUGAGAAAAGCUGUCACGCUCUUCUCCGAGUCUUUUUUCGGUAACUUUGGAUUUAUGCAUCAUCUGGUUGUUUUUGUCCAUUCUUAUAGCUGAGGCAUCUUGGGCGUCGGUGUCAUUUGCCCUUUUAGCUUUGUAUGUUGGGAUAUAUUGUCUUGUUAAACCCUCCCUUUCCAUUGCUUUCAUCCGUCUCAGUUUUUUUGUCUGACACCUUCUCUUUCUGUCUUUCUCCCGCUCUACUUAUUCUGUCUUCCCACACAUCCAUCUCUCUGCAUUCUGGGCACAAACCAAGGCAACAUGGCCAACAAACGCAGGAGCAAACAGGGUCAUUCUGAAGUGAAACUGUCAACAUUAAGAUACAAUAACAGGAUUGACAGCUUGAGAACAAAGGGCGCAAUUCUGAAAAAGCACGUGGAGCUUAAGUAUGAGAGCUAAGGGUGUGAGACAAAGAAGUACAUCAAGGGAAGAGAACAAGCACACAAUUACACUUAAUAGUCAUUAAGUUUCAUACUUAAUCAUCUUUGUCUUUGUUAAAAGACAAUAAGUGCCCAUAGAUGCUACAUGUGAUGUUGUAAGAGGUCUUUUUAAAGAAAGGUAAAUUUAGAUUUGUGGUUUGUCCGUGGGGUCAGAUCAAAAGUGACGAUAUUUCAAUAACGGGGUAUGAUAAAGUCGAAGUAAGAGAUCUUUUUUAAUGCCCAAAAAGGUUUUUUAUGUCCAUAGCUUGGUUUAUAAAUCUUUAUUAAAAUGUGCACUUCCUACUUUUUUGCUAAAAUUUAUCAGAAAAUAAGAUCCUUUCUUGUCCGUCUGUUGAAUAUGAUAAUAUAGCCUAUACUGCUAGCACAGCAUAGCCAAGCCACAGGAGAGACAAAGCAAGCCCAGCUAUCUGAAAAACUAAAUUCAUCAAUGAAUAAAAUCAGUGGAAUGAAGCUCAUUAAACACGGUUAGAGGGCUGAUUUUGGGCGAAAAGAACAAGCUGUGCUCGUGCAAAACUAAGCUUGCUAGCCGCUGGACGUAGCUUCAUAUUUUGGCUGACACUAGCUAAAAAUAGAAUUAUGUACCCAUAUGAUUUAAAAACAACUCUUUUGAGAUUAUCAGGAUUGCUGCACUGCUGCAGACCUGAGUAGAACUUUUUAUGGACUAGCUGAAAAAGGCAAACAAGACUACGGUCAUGGCGUCACUUUUGCAGUGGGUUUGUGGGGAAAGCCUCAGACAAAACUGGACUCUAAUGCAAAUUCAUCACACGCAGGCACUGCUGGCUUGGCCAGUGGACUGUGAACUUCUGAGCCUGUCAGGGAGUAGGCACAUUUUGAACAUCCUGUUUAGCAGUCUUUCACAAGCCCAAUUGCAGUCACAUUUCCUCCAUAUCUGUCCUCGUGAUUUUGAUUCAAAAAUAUCUUUGUGUCAACUGGAACCUUUUGACAGUGAACUAUCAUCUGGUAUAAGCUAUAACCUCUUUUACAUUGACAGUUCAAGACAGAACUUUUAAGCCACAGUAACUUCCACUUUCAAUAUCACAGUACUUUGUGGCUGAGCUGGCAUUAGAGUUGAAGUAUGGUCAAGGUGGGACAAAGUCAGGGUGUCAGAAAUAAAGGUCUGAUAGUACGCCAUCUAUACCACCAGCAACCAGGGUAGAGGGUCAUGCAUGUCUGUAAUUCUUCGUAACAUUGUGGUUGAGAUGGAGAGCAACUUUGCUUGAGUCUGCAAGUCAGUACAGCUAGAAAAUGUAUGAGCUGCUGUUCAUCCAUCAUCCUGCUUUUCAUAGCACUGGCAGCUGCUGUGGCUUAACGUAUGUUUGUAACAAUGCUGCUGUGUUAUAUGUCACCACUUCCACUUCCCAUUUGGUUUUCCUAGUGCCAACAUAAUGUGAACUUACACAUAUGGGCUACAGUGCCAUUGCAGAAUCGAUGUAGAGUGUGUGAGUUUGUGGAACUGUUAUGGCACUGUAAUGUAAAAAAGGCUCAUUGGACAACCCUCUAAUGGAAGGAGACGACUAAUUUUAUAGGUGCUUUUUCACCCCAUGCUUUUUAACAUGCAAGCUUUUCAAACAGGUUAAAUGUGCCACAGCCUGAUCAUCAUACUGUUUGAGUUUACUGCUUACUGGGGUUGGAGUUCAGCUGUUUGAAUGACCACACUAUGGGAGGUCAAGGAAGACUGUCUGUGGAAAACCCUCAUUCCUCAAGCCCUCGAGCCGGAGUCCAGUUUGUUACUUGACACUUUCCAAAAAGAGUGAUUUAAUUUAAGGUCCCGGUUUUGUUUAGCUCUCUCUAUCAUUGUCGUUUUAUUGAUCACAUUUUCCCCUUUUUUCAGCUCUGUGUGUUUGCACGUGUGUCUAUAAGAGUAUAAGAAAGCACGUGUGUGUGUGUGGCUUGUAAUUAGCCUCUUGCUUUGGUCUCAAUGGCAUUUUAACAAACGCUUCUAAAUAUAUCAUGCUAUCAGGCUGAAGUUUGAGGAGUCUGGCUCCCUGACACUUUCUCCUUUUUCCUUCCCUUCCUCCCUCCUUCUUCUUCAUCUCCCUCCUCUUCAUCUCUUUGGGUCCCUUGCCCUUCAGCUUUGUGUUUUUUUUUUCUGACUAGUGGUUUUUAUGUCAGCUCUUUAUCUUGUACUUCCUCCCUGAAAUUAUGCUACAGAAGCCUGUCAUUGGCAUGUUACAUUUUUUUCAUUUUUUGUUUGUUUAAGGCACAGCUUAGUUUUGGCUAGGUAUGAAGGUAUGCCAGAUGUGCGUGUGUACAUGAGUGUGUGAGUGUAUUUAUAUCACCUGCAAACAUAAAGAUUAAUGCUCAUAUGCAAUGCCAUGCUAAGAUCUCCAUGCAGGAUUUUGUAUGUAAGUAAAGUGUUCAGUUGUAUACGUGUUUGUCUGUGCUGGAUCUGCAUAAGAAUGAGAAUGAAUGGAUUUUUGCGAAUGGAGUAGUUUUGACAUGCGUGCUAAACUAAUGUUUAAAAUGUAUGCUUUGUUACGUGUUCAAAGGUGCAUUAAAAACAGCCUCACCCCUCCCUCCCCACUCUUACAUGACACACAUAUGCACAAAGUAGCACAACCACUGUGAUAGAAGGGGCAUGUCCGAAGGAUGUCAGGGGUGUGUCUGUGGUCAGAGUGACAGUAUAAGACACCUCAGGUACACUAAAAUCUUCAUUCAGCUGCACAGGCUGGAGUGUUUGUGUCGUUUCUUAACCUACUGAGCUGCAAUUUAGUGUUAUACUUGCUUCACGUAGAUCUUUACAGAAUUAUACAUUGAUUAUUUAAGCAUUUUUUAUUUUAAUUCAGCAGUUAUUUUUGAGUGAUUUCUUCUAGCAGCUCAAAAAACAAAAAACAAAAAAAACUUUUAGCAACUUUUGUGGGUCUUCUUGGAAAGCAUUAAGAAAGUCAGAGCAGUUAGAGUUUGACCCUGACUCAGCAUUUGUAGCAGCACAUACAGCAUCCUCGCUGAGUUGCCACGGCAACUGUGCCAGACAGCUGCAAGUCUGGGGUAAGUAUUCUCUGUCCUUCUGCAUUAACUCCCACUCUCAUUUUUCUCCCCUCUUUUCUUUCUCCACCUCUGCUGUCUUCUUUUAGACUCAAACCAAAAAGUCAGUUGCAUUUCCUCAAAAUCUUCUCGUUUUUAUUUUUAUUUUUCUCCUCUCUCCGUCUUUGUUUGACAUCCUCCAAAUACUUCUCGUGUUUACUUUGGUAACUGGCUGUUUUCACAGGCCUGUUUUGCACUGGUCUGUCCGUCCAAUAGAAAAAAGAAGAUAGAUAUUUCUUACAUUGCUCUGUUUGUUUUUGCCUUAUGUAGCUUUCCAUUAAUAUUAUCUUCACAGACGAAAGGUGUGCAGGUGAAUCAUGGUGUAAUAAAUAUGUCACUCUGUGAAGUCUGUAAAAUCUCCAUAAUAAAUAACCUGCAUUGUGCUUUAGCAUAGAUCACAGCAUGGUCCCUCUGAUUAUUCAAAACCCUCUCAUUGUGGCCACAGAUGUUAGUUGCCUCUUUAUUUGGGUGCUGCAGGGAAGCAACACUUGUAGUGAAUUAUUUUUACAUUAACACCUUAUUUGACAGGCUGCAAUGACACGAUACUUUAAAAGGUCGGUCUGGUCCGUCUUUGACAUGCAGUCCAGCAUGUGCUGUAUAUGUUUAUCUAAACUUAAAGUUGAGGUCUAGACUGAACAGCCGGUGGCAACUUUGUGACCCACUUGCAGUCUCUGGAAUUUAACCUAAAUCCUCCACUUGUUGUGUGCUAAAAACGGACAUGAGAAUUUCUCAUUGACAUGUGACCUCGGGUUAGAUUUCUCGUUAUUCCAUACAGUAAAGACAUCAGUGAAGGACAGUGGUAAAAGCCUCGCUCGACACGUGUGUGCAUGUGAUACGACACAUAAAGAAAUCUAUAUGUGAGCUGAAGCGCUGUGUUAGAUAAACUGUUGUCACAUUGCUUCUGUCUGCAUAACUAACUUUAGAUAUGACACCAUUAUUUUACAACAACGCUAUGUAUUCACUUGUGGCACCCAUAGCAUGUCAGUAUAGACUCUCCUGUGGACAUAUGUUCAGAGAACAUACGUUCAAUGAUUAAAUCCUCUUUUGUUCCCUCUUAAUGUUGCACAGUUUUGAUUUUGGUAAUCGGUGAAACAACUUCUGAGCUGACCUAAAUGUGAGGAAAUACUCACGCAGCUAACAAGCAUGUGUCUGCAAAUGAACAUGCUGCACCAUGAAUUACUGUGACUACCCAGGGCCCAGAAAUAGCUGCAGAAAAUCCCUACUUCAUUUUCUCAGGUCCAGGAAAAGAACCUGAGUCAUGCAAAAUGUUAUUUACAGCGUUUCACACCAACUUCUCACCUGUCUGUUACUUGAAAAAGCCUGCUCAGGAUGUCUCAUAAAGUGAUUCAGGUGUUUUUAUGGCAUGUGAGUAUGUGUAGCUUUGUGCGAGUGUGCACGCUUAUGUGUGUGUCUGCGUGGAGGAGAGAAACGUUUGACUUUGCAAGUGCUGGGCGGUGAUAUAUCAUGUUAUUAUUCAAAGCUCAUUCACAUCUGAGUGGAGAAAUAGUCGUUAAAGGAUGAAAAGAGGGUUUGCAAAAAUGGUACGGUUGUGUUGAGGGAGAGGACAUGAAGUUCGCUGUGUUUAUAAUGUGAUUAACUGUUUAUAUGACCUGUGUCUGUCUUCUUCUUCCUGUAGAUCAUAUGAACAUAGAAGAAUACUUUGAAGAAGAUGAGGAACCACCUUUGCUGCUCAGCGCUCGUCCUUCUCACGGUAAAUACGUGUAUGUAGGUCUUUGUGCGUCUGUGUAUUCAUUAAAGCAGUAAAAGUCGUCCGAGUUUUGGUGUUGGUUUUGACGUUUUUUAAAUCCACUUUUUUUGCAGCAAACCUUCAAUCUGAGUCAUGUGCUUAACUUUGUGAGUGUGUGUGCUUAUGUGUGUGUGUCUCAGGUGUUUGGCUGUGGUGGGACCGCAGCGGUGCGGUGUCGGUGGGGGGAAGGAUGCAUGUGUCUGCAAUGCCCUGCUGGCCUGGAGCCCUCCAAGGUGAGACUACAACUGAAAGUGCAGUGACUAAUAAUGGGGUUGAACGUCUUCAAACUUAAUUUGUCACUUUGUUUUAACUAUUUCAUGAAUUUUUGUUUUCCCCUUAUUUAUUCCUGUCCCCUUAGACACUUCACCUCUUUAGUAAUAUUUUUCUAUUCAUCAUUUUUAAACCCACUUGUUUCAGAUACUGUCUGUAGCUGUAUCUGUAUAAGGUAUAAUUACCAGAUUUAUAAGGUAUUAGAACAAGUGAAGUUUUCUACUAACAUAGUCAAAAGUAGCUACAGUCUGGGAUCGAGGCUGUCUCCAGAAUCUCAGUACAUUACUGCACUAACCCCUGAGGCUUAGGUGAGGGGAAAAUACAGAACUGGUGUAAACUUCAUUCGCUGUAACCUCUUAAUUGCUAUGGAUACAAAUUUUUAGUGAUUUACUGUGGGAAAAAGGUUCAUUCCCACCAUUUUAUGACAUUCAGAAAACCUUAGCUAGAGACCUAGAGCUGAGUUCAGCUCCUCUCUAACCUCAUAAUUUAUGUUUAAUUACCACAGUCAACAUAAAUCAAGUUGUUUGCUUCCAUAAAUCAUUGUUUAGAGAUUGGGAAAAAUCUAUGACAUUGCUUUAUUUGAACCAAAGAGGGAUUUUGUGAAGGUGUGUCAUGUUUUUCUUCAGCUGCUGGUUGUGUUUAUGAGGUUGUUGUAGAUCAAACAACAAGACUACCAUUCAUUACUUCGAUAUUUCUAUUUACCUUAGUUGAAAAGUCUUUAUCAUGUUUUAUGUGAAAGUGUAAAGAGUGUAUUAUAGUUUAAUCACAGUUAACACUGAGACAGGACUUAUAAUUAAAAGCUGUCCUUUCUUUGCUUUGGCGAGCGUCGAGGACAAUCUUCAAUCAGCGCCUUUUGCCUCUUUUUCAGACCCUGUUCUGAGUUUAGAAGUUUUUUCCUUUUUUUUCAGGAUUGUGAGCUGAUCAAAAGUCCAGCAGAGGAAGUUCAUUGCCAGCCGUGCCCAAAUGGAAGCUUUUCAGACGCACUCGACUCCAAACUUUGCCGCCCACACUCCUCCUGCAAGAUCCUUGGCCGUGACGUUUCCACCCCGGGCACUGCGAUCUCUGAUGCCGUCUGUGGAAUCUGUCUGCCUGGGUGAGCAAAACCUGACUAUCUCUCAGUAUGUCUUUGUCUGGUGCUGGCCUACCUGUCUGCUUGUUAAUCCACACACAGUUGCUGGAAAAGUCUUGGCUUGACGUUUAAAGCGUUUUGCCUGAACAUGUACCUCAUAAACUUUAAUUUGUACCAAAUUAAGUGCUGUCAUUUAUUCUUGGUGAGUGUGCAUCCUGUUUUUCCACCAUCAUUCACCACAAUAGGCUUGCUACAUCAAGUACACCACAGGCUAAAGCCUAAAAAUCCAUCAUUUUAUUCUAAAAUUGUCUCCUACUUUUUCCCCUCUUGAGCCAUCCCUCUAAUUAUGCUCUUUUCUUUCUCUUUCCAUUUGCAGGUUUCACUCCACUGCUACAGGGAACGUUUCCACCCAAAGUCCCUGUGUGAAAAGUAGGUAUUACCCUGGAAAUCUGAUUUAUUUCAGCCCACAGUGAUUAUUUGAUCUAAUCAAAGAUAAAAACCAGCUUACAUCCUGCUAUCUUAUCCUAAUUACCCCCCUUUUGUUCCCCUAGCAUCUUCGCAUGUCAGAACAGUCCGCACAGUGGGUAAGGGUCCAUCCAGUGGAACAGGAGGGCCCAUCAAUGGCACAAUGGUGCGCAGCGCCGAGGAGAAGACAGCGGAGUAUGCAGUGUUUGCUUUGGUGCCCAUCUUCUGUGUGAUGGGUCUGCUCGGCAUCCUCAUCUGCAACAUCCUGAAGAAGAAGGGGUACCGCUGCUCUGCUGACAAGGAGGGAGGAGAUGAAGAAACUCCAACACCACAGAAAGACGGUAAGGGGGAUGGAAUGAGAGAAAUAUCAAAAACAUUCAAGGAGAAAGGAGUGAAGAAAGGAAAGGUAAUGAAAUGAAAGAAGGGAAAAGACAAAUACAUCAAGGAAAAGUAAUGAGAAUGGCAUAAUUGUUUAAUUUGUUGUCAUGCUAGCCAAUAAGAAUGACAAAUAAGGACACACACACACGCAUGCACACAAUGUGGUUGUUAGAGCAAAGCCAAACCAACCCAAAGGGCACUGUCCUUUGUCUGUAGUCCAUGCAUCUAUCUCUGUGAUGUUACUGCACACAGGCCUAUAUGCUCUGCUUUCUAUCUCCCUCACCUUUGACCUUGCAGAGGUUUUGUGGCAUAUCAUGCUGUGUUUUUGUAGGCAGGCGCUGUUAUUCUUGUGGUUUUCCUAUUUGAACAGGAGGAAAAAAGCUUUCCCAUCAACUCUCUCGCCCCGCUGACGUCAGAGACGCUAACUUGAGUAAACAUGGAAAGAAGAAUUAAAAGAGGGCAGGACAGAAAGAAAGAAAGGAACUAGUUUGGAAGCUUAGCUCACCAAUAGCUUAGCUACAUGAUCUACCUAAUAGCCUUCCUUCUUUAACACUUGAAAUUGUGCAGAGUGAGCUUUAGACAUACUAGAGGUUGAAUUUUUGAGUUGUUGGGCCUGAGCACAUUAGGAUUAGCUGCUUCACCCUUGCUUGCAGCUUUAUGGUAAACUAAGUUAACCCCGACCCAGAUUUCACUUUAUUUUGACAGACAGUGAUAUCAAUGUUUUCCUUUCAACCGAUUAAAAGAAGCUUAUAUGUGCACUUGAUUGUUCUUAUGCUUUUAGGCAACAUCCCCUCUUUGAAUUAACGCCGUCAUCAUCUGAACACAGUACAGUACACUGUGUUCAUUUUUACUAAUCUGAAUUCUGUAAACAAAUUUAAACAGUUAUUUACUCGCCCCUUUCUACGAUGUGUUUAUCCGUGGUGUCACUCUUGUUUAGUGUGCCAGCACUGACAGGUUUACAGGCUAAUCUGGCUUUUCUCUCACUCACCUGAUGGUGUGUUCAGGCUCAGAGGAGAGCUUUGUAACAGAGCAGGUUUCUAACGGGCGUCAUGAAACGUCAGAGCACAUCUGUUACCUCAGCGGGUCCCACUUCCUCUCAGCUCAGUGGCAAACUGUUUACGCUGACAGAACAACUGCCGCUUUCGAGACCUCGGUGUAUCUGUGGUUGGGAUUAAAAGGUUAUAAGGAGGUGACAUUCUUUUCAAUUGUUAAGUCAGGAGUAUUUACGUAAAAGUUCAAAGCCUCAGCUCUCUUUGUGCAGAAUCACUAAGACCUGUCCUACAUUCAGCAACACCUGUCCUCUGAAACUGCUUACUGUGCUGAUGCAAAAACACACAGGGCAGGUUUUUUGACACAAUGAGCCAACUAGGCACCCCCUUUUACUAAGUCACUAAGAGCAUGUGUAGCUUAGCCUUUGUAGUGGAAUUGGUCUAGAUGAUCCAGGGCCAGGGAUCUGCUGAAAGACUCAGAUGAUUUCAUGAUGAGUUUUAGAGUUAUAUAUGUUUCAGCAACAGAGAUCUAGCUUAAAUUCUACUGGCCAUGUGAUGACAAAAGAAGUCAGAGUCACUCUGUUGUUUGCAGUGUUGCUGAGGCCAUUUUUCCUGUUGUGAAAUUUAAUACGUCCCCACACUGAAAAGGGAAACUCCUCAGACCUCCCCCCUCACAGUUCUAACUACUUAUCCUUAAAGUCUCCAUCCUUCUCACGUGAAUUUCUCAGCUCCCUCACACCUCCUCCCCUCCUCAACCGAACAUGAUACUGUCCAUCCAUAUCUCCUUUCCUAGCCGGAUCAAUAAUUCAAUUGAUCCUGACCUCAUGUUUAUGUCUCCUCUUUCUUUCUGCGGCCUCCUUACCUUCUCAGAUUAAUACUCAGACAAUUUUAUUAAUCCAGCUCAUUUCACAGUAACCCACUUUGUUAUUAAACCAUCAAGGAUUCUCUUCCUCUGUUUUCUUUCUUCAUCAUCAUUUUCUAUCUAUUUUUAAUUUUAAUAUAUAUGUUUCCUAAAUGAAACACCUAAGGUGGGCAUAAACAGUUCAAUGCGACAGUGAUACAGUUCUCUACAUAUAUGAUUAAAACAAUUCUCAGUGUUGAACAAAACAUACAAGAAAAGAAAACUGUACAUGUGUGAAAAUUAGUGUUUUGCUUUCGAAGAAAGCAUAAUCACUUUUAGUGAGAUACCUGAAAGGUAAGGGGAUAACUGUGUCCUGACAGAAACUGGGGUUGAUUAAGGGCACCCUCACCCUUUGCUUUCCUCUCUCUGCUCCUGUAAUCUUUGAGGACUCAUGCUGCAGUGAUGCGGCGAUGUCCUGUAAGUUUGUAUGAGUGAGACACAGAAAAAUACUGAGCAGAUCAAACAGGGUAGCUGAUAAGGUUAUUAAAGAUGAACUGAAGUGGGUAAUCAAGGAGGUUAAAGAAAGAAAUGCAGACUGAUUUUAAAGAAAAAUAUUAGCUGACGAUAUGAGGUUUAAGAUGCUACAUGGGAAACCAUUUAAAGUAUAUCCCCCUACCCCUAUUGUAGUUAUGUAACUCACCUUCCUGCAGUCCCCUGUCUGUCUCUGUCUGCAGUAGUCCUGACAGAGCUUAGGAUAGAGGUAGAUGUCCAACCCCAGCACUUUUUUGAUCAUCUCCAUUCAGGGGGAACACCCAUGAGGGUGAAUUACAAGCAACGCCAUACUCAGCUUAGCUGGGUAAGGCAAAAAUCAGACCCUGCAGAGCUGCAGAAAGAGAACAAGUUUGACUUAGAAAGGACAAACCAGGGUCGACAACGGCAGAGGGAAAGGUAACAUUUAGUUAAAAGUUUCAGGAGUUUUUAAAUUUAGUGGUGAGUAUCAUCUGGUCCUGUAAACUUAGAAGUUCAGAAGUCAAAGUGAGCCAACUUAACCUCUCAAAACAAAGUGAGGGGUCACUGGCUUGAUGUGACUGACAUUGAAACACAUGUGUCUGACUUUGUUCAAGAAAUAGAUGGUUGUAGCCAAGUGUCACACUGUGAAAUGGAUGCUGUUAUCAUCACAUGGCAACAGCCACAGUGGAGACAGAGCUAUUGUUGUUUCCUAACAACAGCCUGACUCUGCUUAUGUGAGGAAGACAGAAAUCCACUCACACAUACAGGAAUGUAUCUGUAGAGCCUCACAGAUACACAGUCACCUGGUAGUAUCACACACUCUUACUUAAACACACACACAUACUCGCUUACCUUACCAACAGUGGACUAUCUGCCCAGACUGACCAAGAGUGGACCUUAAUUUUUGGUCAUUUUAAUAAAACAAAAAUACAAUAGAAAAUUUUCCUUUAAGGUCUUUUACCUUAAUGUUACUUGAAAUGUGACUUUUAUUUAUUUAUUUUUAAUUGCCAAGAGGACACACACACACACACACACACACACACACACACACACGCACACACUGAGCCCUGUGUGUUUCAACUGAAUGGAGAGUGAUUGCUGAGUGAGCUAUUCUGGACCCCCAUGCCCUUGUUGCUCUCCUCUCUGCUGCCUCACUGUGCUCUGCUAUUAUGGGAUGGUCAAUGGGGGUUGCCAUGGAGGCAUAUCUAUUCUUUGCUGUUCAGUCAUCCACAUCCAUCCUUAUCAGUCCCAUCGUGCACUGGGGCACGAUAGGCCAACAGUGACAUGCACUGUGGGAACUAUGCUCACUCUGUCUCUGACAGCUGAAAGUGAAAAAUGUUGUAAUGCUGACCUAAAGCAAAACCACAUCUGAGUGGAUUCUGGCAUCAAGAUAAAGUAAUAUGCCCUAAAUCAGACUAAAUUGUACUGCAUAUAUUUAAGUUCAUGUUUGAUUGUACAUUUGUUUCAAGAUAAAAGUGUGUGUACUUUAGAUAUUUUAUGUUUUUUAUGUUUGUUUAAGAUAUAUUUAAGAUCAAAUUUUUUGAAAAAGGAACUUAAUGUCUGAUUGCUAGCUUUUUUGGAGAUUUGUCAGACAUCUAAUGGGAUAGAAUAUUAUCACUUGUCAUAAAGAUGUUAAAUUGAGAUAAUAUGACCUAUAACUAGAUAAUGUGGAAACAAAUACCCUUACCCUUUUUCCACGUACACAAAAAUGAAGUGAUUGGAUUUUGAGUGUGUGUGUUACUAAAAAAUGCAAAUGAGAUUGUUUUUAAAGAUAUGAUUCCUGGUUUGAUGAACAAACAAUGUCAUGGGCUCUAGUAGAUCUAGAGUCUAUACUCUGUUCAUGUUAGUUGGUGAAGUUAAAUGUUCUCUGUCUCUGUUUCUCUGUCUUGCUAUAGGCAACAACUGUCCCUACAUUUCAGAUGACCUUAAUGAGGACACCAUCAGUGUGCUGGUUCGCCUCAUUACUGAGAAGAAAGGUAUGUGCUGAGUAGAGCUGAUGUCACUUUGGAGCCAUGGCGGUCAGACAAAGUCUUUAUGUCUCGUGGCUUUAGAGGUGAACAAAGUGUCGUCACAGUACGUCAUCUAUACUGCUACAAACCCAGACCGUCCCCUCUAUGGUACAUAAAUGUGUUGUUAGAAGGGGAUAAUUAAACCUCUGUUAACCGCUGCAAACACAGCAAAAUGCAAAGGGAGGGACAGGAUAUGUGUCUUAAGGGUUAGGGUAUAGUACUUGUGAGAAAUUAUGAAGGUUUGAUCAGUUUUGAUUACCUGUGUGUUUGCAACUUUUUCAGGGGGUUUAACUUGAAACUUUAUUCAAAAAUCUCAAAAUAUGGUCUAAAAUCUUACAGUCACUUAUUUGAGUAUUAACCAAUACAUUUAUAAUACUGUUAACACACUCAUUACAAUCUUAUCUGAAAGAGUGUGUGCAUGUGUUUUCCAGAAAAUGCUGCUGCACUGGAGGAACUGCUGCUAGAGUACGAGAGCAAAGAGAUGGCCAUGAGCAAGAGCUCAUCGAUCAAGUAUGUAACCAUGUGCUCAUACAAACACAAUUACACUGGAACAAAUAAUUACCAUCUAAUGAUUAAAUUAUAAUUAUAUGUGUCGAAACAACUAUUAGUGUUAGUUACUAUAGUUAGUUUUUUAUUUUUGAUUGAAAAAAAAUGUAAAAAGAAGCACAUUAAAACCAAACCUCAUUGUGAGUUGCUCUUGAUUUUCUCCUAUUUCCUGUCAAAGAAAACCUGAUAAUGUGAAUUUAAAUGAAAUCUGUUUUACGUUAUUUCAAAUCAAAGUUAGCAUAUUUUCGUUAUUAAUACCAACUGCGUUUUUUUGUAUUUCUUCAAUAAAGGAAAAUAGAAUAGGAAAAAAAUAGGUAAAAUUUAACUUUGAAAUAGAGAAGACAAUUUCCAGCAGGUCAGAUUUCCUCGCUAUAGCCCUGGUCGUGUUCAGUGACUCAGAUCCUCAUGUCUCCAGUGAAUGUCUCACACAGUGGUAACUGCUGUCUCUCUCACAUGAGCCCCAAACCCCCAGCCUGCCACUAAGCUCACCGGCUGUCACACGAUUUACAUGACCGAGCUAAUUGUGGUUGUAAGUUAGGUUUAUGUUGCGGCCUUUAAAACUGCUGGAAUAGUCAGAAGUCAAUCUGAGAAGCCCAGAAACAUGUUAGUGCAUACCACAGUCUGCACCGCAGUGAUAAGCUUUUUCCUCAGUGCUCUACUAUCAGCAGAAACAGAAACACAUCAUUUCUUUAUUCCAAUAUGCGAGGAAUAUGUUCAUCUUAUCAUCCAUUAUUGAAUUUUUAGAAAAGGAUUGAGCGUGCCAUAAUUACCCUUCCAAAUCUACUAUAGUAAGAGGAGUCAGGAGCCUCUGUUUACGAGCUGCUGUAAAAUGUGGGCUUCGAUUCUGGAGCGUUCUACCAGAAGAAUCUGGGAAGCUUUUAGAUCCUGUCUGUCUGUGUGGUGGGAGGUGCUGGGGUUACUACAGGUCGGCCCCUGUCCAGUAUAAUAAUGUGGAUACGUACAGAACAAUACAAAGACAAACUAAUGGGCCCUGAGUAAAAAUGCACAUUGUACAAGAAUAAAAGAUUAACCUUUAGAGUUAAAUUUCAGUUUUUUUUAGCUGAUAAAGGACAAAGACAGAGAUGUUAAUGGAAUAACCAUGUUCAAGUUUUUCAGUGUUUGAAAAUGGCAAAUUUAAUACAGAAAGUUAGACUUGUUUCUAAAUGUGUCCAUUAAAUUCUUCAUUUCUCUCCUUCUCCUCUUCCUAGGUUCCCCAUGUUGUCUCCCCUCUCCACCUUCCGCUCCCUCCCCAGACUCUGCCCCCAUCAGUCCCACCUCCACACCAUCUCCGGCCUCUCUGGCUUGGCCCCCAAACAUGGCUACCGCUGUACCCGCUGCGCUCAGAGAAAGUGGCCCCCUGUGCUCAUACCUCCCUUGGAUUCCCUCAAAGACCCCCUGAAGCCCCCUCAGACCCUCAUCCUACCCUCCCUGGACACUUCCACCGACCAGCAGAAGAGACCCUUGCUGGGUGGAGUGUUUGUCGACACCCUCCACACCCAAGCUGCUGUGCCAAAUACUGUGCCGGAGAAAACAGAGAAGAGUGAAGUCAAGGAGAAGAAGGAGGGGGAGUUGAUGGUGAUGUCUGUGGGAAGGUGAGAGGAAGAAAUACUCCAAAAUACACAGAACAAUAGACAGUACACAGAGGAACCUGCAAUAUAGAGAAAAUUAUUAGUUUUUCAUCUUUUAGAUAGUUGAUUACUCACAAAUUGGGUUUCUGUAUAUCAAACACAAAAACAGCUGUGUGGCUGUUUGUAGAAUGACUUAGCAGGACAAAAAAUGAUGAUUUAAACAGCCUUUCCAGACUACACUCAAGUAAUCACUCAAGAAUAAAUGUAGCUCUUUAAUAGAGUCACUUCAUUUCAGACAAACCCCAUAAACCUGUAAAAAAUAGCUUCCCAAUCCCAUGACAGUGCAAAUCAAAUAGGAGAUCAUUAUACCACCUUUGCUGUGUUUUCUGCAUUUUAUAAUGAUCGUUUCUUCUGCAUGACUGACAGAUUUCAAGUGGCUCAGAUUCCUGAACUGAAGCCAGUCCCAGUGGAAACCAAGAGAUCCUCCCAGGAGCAACGACACUCCCUGUUUGGAGGGAAAUCCUUUUCUUCAUUCUCUGGUAUCAGGAGGUAUGUCCUGCGGCACACAGUCACACCUCCAGCUCUCAGUUUCCUCUUCCAUUCCUCUCAUGCUUAACACUCCUUAAUUUAACAAGUUCAACUGCAGCUGUCCGUAAACAUUCACUUACUUUCUUCCUGCUUAUGCUAAAUGACAUAGUCUGUUUCUCUGGUAAAGGAAAUGAUGCUCUGAAUGAUCAGUUUAGCAGAUCUUUGAAAUCAUUUGGGAAAUUAUCUUCUGUUUCCUAUGAUCUCCUCGAGCACAUUAAUGGACGCUCUCUAGUAAUCAUCUAGUAAUCAUGUGGCUCUUUAUAUUGUCUUAACAGUCUGUUGGGUUCAGUUUAAAACAUCAAUUAGGAAGACUACUGUUUAUGCUUCAAAUUUAACUCGAUGUGGGAUUAUUGCGUAGUGUUCUGCUCUACAUGCCUCCUUCUUCACAUACUCUCUCUCCCUUUCAGAUGAACAGAGAAGAAAAAGGUGUACGAUAACGCUACCUCGCUGAAGAUAACCUCAUCGUUCGCUGACAACUCAACAGCCGACAUGGAGAGUGUUUACAGAUGGUUUGACUUCACGAAAGAAACUACAAGAACCAUCUCCGGCUGAAGAAAGUUGUUUCUAUCUGUGCGAUAAGAGGAAUACAACUGUAUUUAUUGUUACAGACAAAUAAUGUUCCAUCGUGGGAGACUCAAUCAAAUCACAGCUGCUUCAAACUCAAAGGGAGUGUUUUAUGGUUAGAUUACUCUCAGAGGAGUGAGUCACAAGACACUAAAAGCACUCUGAGCUCCUCGAUUUGUGCUUCUAUGGGAUUAAUAGACACAGGGUUAAACACACACAAAGUCUACUCCAAUAAGGGACUCAUCUACAGCCGUUAUAGGAAUUGGCUAAUCUUGCAAAUUUGCUGAGAAAGUUAGAUUUAGCCCAAGUGAAAGCCUGUUUUUUGGACAAUGACACUUGAUUUAAAAAAGGAAAGUAGCACUUCAAAGUAUUUUGAAAAGAAUAACGAUUAUUUUAGUGUUUUUUUUUUGUACGAGAUAGUCGAUGCAUUUAGAUUUUAAAACUUGAUGUUGAAUGUAGCCUUCACUAUGAUGCUCAUUCAACAGUGUAAAUAACAUGCAUUUAGUAGUGAACACCUUCUCAGCUACUGUCAGCUAUGGCAUCACUCGUAUUUCAGGAGCUCUUAGACUUGGUCCCUGAAGUCCAUUAGGGGCCAAAUUGUGCUCUCGGAGGAGCUCCCAUUAGGGUGUCACAUCACUCUGUUUUAUAAUAGUUCAUAGUAUUGGAAGUGCACGCUGCAACUGAGUCUUUGAGUAAAAACAAAGAUGGAAUAUCACUUUUGUAGAAUAGCACAUGUAAAUGAUUGUAUAUAUGUAAAUAUAGGGGGGGAAAGGGGUUGAGAAACAGAUAAUACCUGGCUUUGUUGUUUUGGCCUACAGUAUGAAUGGAGUGAAAGGCACUGCGCCAAGUACAGACAUCUGUGGACCAUCAAGCAAGAACAGGCAAACUCACAUCAGGAUGCAGAUAAACUGAAUUACUGGUUAUCUUAUUUUCCAAAAACACACUUCAAGUUUUUGUUCUGGUCUGAAAUCUUAAAAUCUACAAGCUUAUAUAAACGCACAUGUAGUUUGAACAGCCAGUUAUGUCGUUAUGUAAUCCCACAAACCGUAAACCUAAAACCCUCCCACAUCUGUACACAUGCCAAACACAGACACACGCACACAGACACACACUUGAUUUUUAUGGUUUAAUUAAAUAAACCAACCAGCGGUUGCAGAGGAUUUGGGGUUUAGAUGCCUCAAAGUCCUGCAGCUCAUUCAGCUUUAGUUUACAUCCUUGUGGGUUUUAAAGAGUGUACAGUAAGCACAGAGGUUUGUAAGCCUCUCAUUUUCACAUUUCCUCAUUACAUUAUUACAAGGAAUCACAAACUGUCUUGAGGACUAAAUAUUUAUUGGUUGCAGCAGUUACAUGUGUUCAUUUCAUCUGUUUUCAUUACUUUUCAUAGUAUUUUUAGGAUUAUUAUUAAAUGUUUUCAAGCUGAAGAUUUGCUGUUCAGAAGGAAGUAUAAAAGGAAGCAUUCAUCUCAUCAAGUUUGUAGACUGCAUUUAUAAUAUGACACUUUUCUGUAAGAUGUUUUUACUCUUAAAAUAAAGAGGAUGUGUAUUUUAAAAACUGUUUUAUUUUUCUUGCUUCGACGUACAGAAAUCCAGUUUUUAGUUUGUAUUCCUUCAUGUUUUUGUGAGAUAUGGGAGUGAGUUAGUGUGUUUGAGAAAAGUUCUGAACUCCAGUCCUUGAGAUUAAGAGCCUGUGUUAUUUGUUGUAUACUAUCGCCCUCUAGUGGUGGGUUAAAAAAAGCUAACCGCUGAUGACAUACACCAAGUGUGGUCAACCUCAUACAAUAAUCAGCCACACUAAUGAAGUUUAAAUUCCCACAAAUAGCUGUGAGACUCUCCAGACUUAAAAUGAUUUGGCUGAUAUGAAAUCUAAGUUGUCUGGUUUAAAUACUUUUCUGAUCUGCUAAAAGGCUCAAUUAUUCUUGCAAAAGAGACAACCUGAGAGAUAGACUUAGCUGUAAAGUGAGAAUCUGAUCACCUUUGACACGGGUAAUGUAAUCUAAAUUAAAGCUCCUGUGCCAAUUUUAUUGCUGGUUGUAAAACACACUAAAAUUCAUGGUUAUACUCUUAAAUUACUGAGAAAAUCAAGGCCAGACUAGGGGGUGUGCAGAGUGCUGAUGAAACAGCUUUUCUUUUUCAUUUCCUGUCACAUAGAUUCAGUUAUAGAUACAUUUGGAAGCAGCCAAACUUCCUUAGAGGAGCUUUAAUACAUGUAUUAAAAAACUGUAUGAUAUGUGAGACAAUUGGAAAAAAAGAAAGCUGCUCCAAAUUUGUCAAAAUUGAAACACAUUUAUUAUCAAAGACAUUUCAGUUCCUUCAAACAGGCUAACAUAUAUACACUCACAUUCUCACACAUUGAAAUACAAUAUUCUCCAUAUUCAGUGAAGGGAAACCAACAUGUCUCCAUACAGGCACACAAAUCUCAGUUGUAGUGUUGUCCAGUAUAAUUACCAACAAAUGCUGUAAGGCACCUUUUGUCUUUGUCUUUUUAACCUUAUACAUUUCACCUACAGAACACUUUAUGUAACCCUUAAUGCCUUAUGUCAGAAAAACAAUGCAUAAUUUACUGUUAAUUUCAGAGGUCAUUCAUUACUUUCAGUCAUUAUUGCUCGGUCAGAAUUUACACAUAGGGUAAAUGUCAAAAUGCAUUUUCACUGGUUUAAUGUUGGUGAAUGCGAUGUGUUUGACUCCACAUGGUUACACUCAGUCUUCCUUUUUGACAGCCUAGAUGUUUUGAUUUACAUUUGCUUCUAUAAUCCAGUAACUGCAGAGUUGAGAACCCACAACAUGCUGAGGUUUUACCCAGGCAGUUUCAGGUAUUAAAUCACAGCUUUGUUGUCAAGCGUCGGCUCACACUUGUUGUUUUUGAAGAGGACGCCCUGCCUUUUUUGGUGAGAUUGCUGCGAGCAUCCUGCCCAGCCAGGAAGUAGAGGAUGGGGUCCAGACAGCUGUUGGCGCUGGCCAGAGGUCGGGUUACUUUAUAGGCCACACUGGAGGCCUCUAGUAAUGUACAGCUGAUCUGAUGAGCACAUAAAAAUGUGACAUAGUGAGUUUUUAUAAUUAUUCUAACAAAGCGAUCAUCAAAAUAAGAGUUUGUCCUCACCUGUGCUGGAUUGAUCUGCCUCAGGUAUCUAAAGGAGUAGUAGAGACUCCUUGUGAGAUGGAAGGGGAGGAAGCAGAGCAUAAAUGUUCCCAGCACUAUGAUGAUCAUCUUCACCGACUUCUGCUUGGUGCGUUGGGCUGACAGGCCUCCUCUCUCACCAUCGGGCCCUCCUUCAGAUCCCCAACCAGGCUCCAGAAGCUUCCGCACCAUGAGGCCAUAGCACACCAUCACCACCAUGAAGGGCAGGGCGAACAUGAGGACUGACACGAUCGAGCUGUACACCAGGAAGUCAUCAAAAAGCUCCGGGCUUGUAGUGUCAUAGCAGACUCUCUCAGUUUUCUGAUCCCUGGUUAAGAAGACAAUAAAUAAUGCGGUUUUUAUAAUUUAAUGAAACUGCUAACAUGGACUCAAGGACAUAAGAGUCUGAAAAAGGUGAUAAGAUUCAAUGAUUGGAAGAGUUGUUUAAGUGUGCCCCUUUAAGGCCCAUUAAGAUAAGACACGUUAAUGGCAGAGUAAGACAGGGGCAAUAAGUAAGUGAGGACUGAACUGAUGAAAAAAGAUAGUAGGAGACUGAAUGAUAGAGAAAAGAAAAGGUAAAAUGAGACAGCUUUUAACCACCUGAUUCUGGAGAAGUAGAGGAUGGGUGCCUGGCAGAACAAAACAAUCGCCCACACUGCCACAGACACCAGUUUGGCCCGCCGUGCACUGACCCAGUUUAAGGAUCGCAUUGGGUAGCAAAUGCCGAUAAAGCGAUGUAGACUGAUACAGCACAGAAACAGGAUGGAACCUGCCACAGUGAGAGACAUGGGUUUUCAUACAAUGAUGAGACCUUUUAAUAUAUAAAAAUCUUUCCUUUUUUUGGCAUCAGCAUUUGUUAAAAAGAGCUACAUAUUCUCUUUAUUAUUAAGAAAUGAAUAUAUUUGUAUGUAGAGUAAUGUCCUUGUUAUUUUGCAUUCUUUCCAAGGCUGUCUGCUCCUCUGGCAAAUAACACAUAAUCUGAUUUUUAUUAAAUGCUAGUGCAACAGAGUCACACAAUUUUUGGCACAGUAUAGGAUAGCAUCCUAAAAUAUUUUGUGUUUGAUUAUCAGACAUUUAUAUUACAUUAAAUUUGAAUGCUGUACAAUAUAAAAGCUAAAAAUCCCAUUAAAAAUAUUCCACGUUCUACUACAUAUCAUCAUCAAGACUUUCUUUCUUCUCAAUGUAAUAAAAAGUUCAUCAAUGCCAUUUUUUUUGUCUGUUUGUGUGAUGAGCAAUGUCAGAACUGUACCGUAUAAGUUGGCAUAAAACAGAAAACGUAUGAGUUUGCAGAGCGCUUCACUGAAAGGCCAGUCGUUCUCAUCUGCGUAGUAAUAGACGAGGAAGGGCAAGGUGAAGAUGUAGAGAGUGUCGCACAUCGUCAAGUUGAACAUGUAGAUGGUGGAUGGUUUCCAGCGCUUAGUGCGGAACACAAUCACAAACAAGGCUGUUGAGUUCAAAGCCAGACCAACCACAAAGACCAGGGCAUAGCUGACUGGAAGGAGGAUAUACUUAAACUCCUCUCGAAAUUUGCAGUAGGACGCGUUGUGACCAUAGUUGUAAUUGUUAGUCGUGGUGUUUUCAAAGGUGGUCAUCCUGAUUGUAAAUGCACCUGAGGAAGAAAAACACACAAAAGACACCAUACAUCAUUCAAAGCUCCAAACAAUUUUAAUCAAUCUUAAAAUAACUAUCAUAUUGUAGAUACUGUACACAGGACAUUGCUGAGAGACCGGAGAAGGGAAGGGUUAGGAGAAUGUGACUCCUGCAUGAUUAAUAUUAGGAUCACCUCAGUUAGUCACUUUCGCACGCCCUGGCAGUACAGUCCAUUAUAAGUCCAUUAUAAGUCAUCACUCGCAAACUUAAUUGACCGACCCAUUUUGCGAUAAAAUUUUACAAUCUAGUUAAAACUUAGAUCAUCCAAUUUCAAAGGUAAUGUGCAUUUGUCGGAGUAAAUCAUUUUGUGGCUUAUUUCCUUUAAUCAUCUUUUUCAUGCUGAGUGGUUAGUUGAGGAAAUGAGAGAAUAAUUGUGAGAGAUAAAGAGAUAAAAAAUAUUAGUGGCACCCAUAUUGAGGCAAUGCUUUUAAUGACAUGCAUUUUAAGAUCUCUGAUGGAAUACAUGAAAAAUGCAGAUAUACGGGGAUAUGAGCUUUAUGGCUGUUGUGUACAGGCCGUUCCUGUUACAGUAUGACAUCUUAACUACUCUGCAUUUAUUUUCUCAACCAGAGAAACAACCUUGAUUCUUUCACUUUGCAUUUCAAAGCCUAUGAAUAUCUAUUGGAUUUGAGAAGACGACAGAGGAGUAUUAUCUUUUGACAAAACCUGUCACACUGCUUCUUUUUACUUAAUCCUUAGUCUCCUAACGUACGAAUCUGUCUCUUAAUCUGACAACUUUACAUCGAAACUAGUCAUAUCAAUGCCUGCAAAGCAAUGUAACCUGUGAAACCUGCAUGCAAAACAGCCAAAGAAUACAGGCUUACUUUGUCUUGUGUUCAGUCCAAGGACAAUCCCUCUUUUUCUUUUAAUAUUUUCACUUUUACAAAAACAUUAUUUUCCCAACAGUGACUCCUGCUCACUCUGUUUCACCCCUUUAAGCGCACCUUCUCUUCUUUCCUAAACAGCUGGAAGUUGUUUUUGUCGAGUAACAGGUAGAGUCCCGAAAUUCUUCUACCUGUGGUGUACAUGCCAUACUAAGUUAGAGCUCUGUCGUUCUCAAAUGUACCGACUACAUCUACUAAAAAUCGCCCUUUUAAAGAGACAAAACCCUUAAAACAUAAAAAAUUACUCACACUGUAUGAAUACUAUGGUCCUUCAAACCUGGCCUUGUGUUGACCAUCCUGUGUUAUGUAUCCUCAUUCUCAAGAGUGGAUACAGUGUGUAUCUGAUACAGUUGUUUGAGGCGUAAUGCGUACCUAAGAAACUUGUGGAGGUGUGUGCCUGCUUGACAAGUUGUAGCCUGUAUACUGUAGUGCGUAGGCAGUUAGGCCUGAGGCUGUAGGUCUGUUGGUCUUUCAGAUAAAUGGACAGUGAACCAGGACAAAACUGUCGCCAUCUUCAACUGUCCAAAUAUUUAUUUUCCUACACAAAAAUUGAGGUUGUAGAACCUUAACUAAAUAUUUAACUCUAUCACGACUAUUUAUUGAAAAAAUACCAUAAUAUAUGCAGGCUUCCCUAAUUAUCAACACUUGUCGCUUUUGAUUCAAAAUACUCAAGUUUGAGAGGCAUGAUCUUGCCUAAUUUCAAAUCUCCAUGAGGAAGUUUAAAACAUGACAAGUUUUCACCCUUAAGGCAAAAGUGCUAACUGUGUAUCUAAAAGUCCAUGCUGCUGCGCUCACUUUCAGAUGAAGUGUAAACUGUUCAAAAACUUACCUUAAUAUCGACCCAAAAUGUAAAUAGUCUUAAGCAAAGUCACAAGAGGAAUCAUAAACCAAAAGCAUCUUGGCAGGAUCCUAACAAAUACAAUAUCACCCAACAACAACUGUCAGCCAUUUUCUUCUUUAGCCCUGGCAGAAAGUUCUUGCCUGUUAGUGUUCAGAGUCGUGUUUGGUUUCCCCAAAUGUGUGUGUGUAUGUGUAAGAUUAAAUGAGAGAAAAGGUGAGAAAAAGGCUUAAUGUCUUACUGCUCCAGAAACUCUGAGUAUCAAUGAUUACACAGCCUUAACCUUCACCUUGGUUGUGGCACGUAGGAAGCCUGAAGCGCAAGACCAGUCCCUACAGUCAUUUGUUUUUUCAUCAUUGCCACCGUAAAGCCAAAAGCAUUGCUCUGUAAGAGUUGCAUUAUUUUCCACAACUUUUUUUUGUUUGUUUGUUUUCAUUGUUACUUCAGAUCCUGCUGACUACAUACCAUUCUGCUUCAGUGUAGUAAUAUUGACUCUUUGUCAACAAGUAUGUCUACACCUGGAGAGGUUUAAGCAAUCUAAGUUUUAAUGGGAUGGUGGGGGAAGAGUUAGAAUUCAUAUGAAAUUACAUAAACCCAGUCAGGGUUGAAAACAUUAACAGCAAAUUACUGUUACGGAUUAAAUAUUGCAGAAAAAUGUUUCAGACAAAUGUUUUGCUGUUAUAUGUAAUGUUUCUGGAUAUUUCCAAUUAAUUCAUAUGAUGCAAUUGUAAUCCUGGCUGUUCUAGUGGGAUGCUUUCAGUCACCUCAUCUGAUACCUACAUUGCAGCAAUAGUUUACUUAAGGCGUAAAACAUAACAGCAUAGAGAUAGCUCAUCUACUUUGUGAUAGUCUAUUUUGCUUUAGUGUGUCAUAAAGGCAACAGUAUUAUUUACAGUCUUUGAUGGUAUCAGCUAAAAUCUCCAAACAGAAGCUUAUAAUGCAUCCACCCAUUGAAUGCUUAAGUCCCCACAUUCAAUGGCUUAAUUCUUCAGUGAAAGUAGAUUUGAACAUCUAAAGUUUAAUUUAGAAUCUCUUGUAAAACAGAACUUACACACAGGCACACACCUAUGCAGGCUCAGGCUGCCAGAUGUGACACUUCAAAUUAGCUAUUAUCUACCACUGUUAUGUAUUCCUGUAAUUUUUCACUCAGUGCCCAAAUCCAAUAAACCUGAUGACCCCACAUUAUCCUGACUGUUGUCACAUGGUUGGCUUUUCAAAUGUAGUUUUCUGCAACCUAAAAUGACUGCAUACACUAUGCUAUACUAUAUCAUAAGGUAGGCUAUGGGGGAGAGUAGGGUAAGAUAAUCCAUUUUUCAUAUUUCAGAUCACUACAUCAAGGCAAUCAUAGUUUUGUCUCUAACCAGUGAAUCUGCAUAUAUUUCAAGAUGUUGUGCAUCCCUGCAAACCAACAGAAUGAGUUUAAACAUAACUGUCUUGAUAAUACAGCAUACCCCCAGAAAAGCGGUCUCCUAGGGAGGGUCAACUUACCCCAUGGGGUAAGUUGACCAUAUGUGCUGGGUAAGUUGAGCUGUUUACUUUCCCAGUUGAGCCACUGGCUUAACUUACCCCAGAACUACUAUUAUGACUUUAUUAGUCCUCUAAGCUAAAAUGGUGGACUUUUAGGCUAGGUUUUUGACCUCAUGUUGUAGCUCAUAGAUACCACAAUUGAUGAGUAAAACAAAUGUAAAAUGUUCUUUUUUGGUCCGAACACAAUUUUAAUAAAACUUAUGACAGAUUUAAUUGACUUUCAAGAGUGAAAAAUGUUUUGUUUUUUUUUUGGAAAUAAAUGUCUAACCCCUUCACCCAUGUACUUCUAACCUUCACAGACUCCAUGAAUUGAUGCCCAUCUCCUAAAUAUUUGGUCACAUGAUCAAUUUCUUUUACCAUUUCCAAACAACUGGAAACAAAAAGACAACUUACCCCUUGGCUCAAUUUACCCCACUCUCUCCUACCGUAUCAUAAUGUAGACUAUAUAAUCCCAUAGGCCAUAUUCUAAACUAUGUAGGCUACGAUAUAUAAUGUUGUUAUUUCAUUAUUUAAUGCUAACUGCAGACAAAAACAGUAUUUCAUUAUUUGGUCACAAGUACUCUCAAAUAUUGAUUUUCAUUUAUCAUUCACUUUUCAAGAACGCAAUUCCCAUUGUCCUGAUCUACGAUCGAUUUUUCUUCAAUCGACUGCGGAUUCUUGUUGCUAUGCAGGUCUGCAGGACGCAGCCUCGUCCUACAGUGUCAGUCUUUUUUGAGCAGCUCUAAUUCUCACUUAGAGAAAAAAAAGAGCUGUUUCGUCCGACAUAUCUUCCAUGUGCCUCUUUGUUGGUUGAAAAGUGUCUGUACAGUAGUUAAACGGCGUUACCGGCGACGUCUGGGAAGAAAAGGCGGCACAAAAAGACGUCUCUGCUCGGUGUUUUUCAGUACUAACCAGGCGCUAGUGGUGGGCACAGCAGUUCUUUUAGAUGAACUGAAUCACUAGAAUCAGUUCACUAAAAAGAUUCGUUCACCAAAUCACCGUAUCAUUUGGCGCUUGUCGGGAGAAGCCUGCGACUCCGACUUCCUGAACUGAUAUACAGCUGAAUGUUUCAGGAUUCAGUUCAAUUCAUAGCUUCUGGGACCGGGAGACGAGAGUGUUUGGCUGUGUUGCUUUGGCAAACAGGUUUGUAAAAAUGAACUUGUAUACAAGUCAUGAUGUUUAAAGUGUACUGCCCUAUGGUAUGCUAUUAAUCGGGUCUGCUUGGUAAAUUGGGGUCAGUGAGUGAUUUGUUCACUAAACAUUUAGAAGAAUUCACACUGAACAUGCACCGUUCCCUCGCAAACC